GCUGGCGUGGGGUUAGUUUCUCCUACAUGAGCUGGAUCCACACUCAAAGGAGAUGGUCAGAGACCCACUUUUUUCCCUCCCCAAAAAACAAUACCACAAACAAGUGCAGAAAAUUAAACUUGUUUAAGCACACCUCCAUGUCUCUCUUCAAUCACAUAAACGACAACUUCCAUAUAUAUUUCACCUCCUCUCUCUCUCUCUCUCUCUCUCUCUCUCUCAAUCAAGUUAUCUUUCCUCAAACCUCUCUUUCUGGGAAAAUUUGGGUAAAUUCGCAGGUUCUUGAGAUUUCUUGAAUCAAGCAUCAUUCUUUCCACUCAAAGCUCUGUGGUGUAAUUCACUAUUUUUCCCUUCUGGGUCUUUGUAAAUAUGCAUAUCUGGAUGUGGGUCUGGGGUUAGAAGUGAAUACAUGAACUUGGGGGGUCAAGGAGCAAAAUCAAUGGCCGGCGAUGGGGUCUCCGACCUUUUUCCGGUGGGUCUCCGGGUACUUGUCGUCGAUGAUGACCCAACUUGUCUCAUGAUCUUAGAGAAGAUGCUUCAGAACUGCCUCUAUGAAGUUACCAAAUGCAACAGAGCAGAGACUGCACUGUCAAUGCUAAGGGAGAACAAAAACGGUUUCGAUGUAGUUAUAAGCGAUGUGCACAUGCCUGACAUGGAUGGGUUCAAACUCCUUGAGCGCAUUGGGCUGGAGAUGGACCUGCCUGUUAUCAUGAUGUCUGCGGAUGACAGUAAAGAUGUUGUGAUGAAAGGCGUUACUCAUGGUGCAUGUGAUUAUCUGAUCAAACCAGUUCGGAUUGAGGCAUUGAGGAAUAUAUGGCAACACGUAGUUCGGAAAAGGAAGCAUGAGUGGAAGGAUGUUGAGCAAUCAGGAAGCAUAGAAGACGGAGAAAGGCAACAGAAGCAAUUAGAAGAUGCAGAAUUCUCGUCAUCCGGAAACGAAGGGAAUUGGAGAAGCUCAAAGAGGAGGAAGGACGAGGAAGAUCAAGGGGAGGAUAGGGAUGAUACAUCUUCGCUAAAGAAGCCAAGGGUAGUUUGGUCAGUUGAGCUCCAUCAGCAGUUUGUGGCGGCAGUGAAUCAACUUUGCAUAGACAAGGCUGUUCCGAAGAAAAUUCUGGAGUUGAUGAAUGUUCCUGGACUCACUAGAGAGAAUGUUGCUAGCCACCUUCAGAAAUAUCGUCUAUACCUCAGAAGGCUAAGUGGGGUAUCACAGCAUCAGAGUGGACUCAACAACUCUUUCAUAGGACCUUCAGACCCAACCUUUGGGUCAAUGUCUUCACUCAACGGGCUUGAUAUUCAAGCUCUUGCUGCCACCGGUCAACUCCCAGCGCAAAGUCUUGCCAUGCUCCAAGCAGUAUCCUUGGGUAGGUCCCCCAACAAAUCCAGCAUUUCCAUGCCCUUUAUGGAUCAGAGGAACCUUUUCAGCUUUGAAAAUCCAAAGCUAAGAUCAAGAGAGGGGCAGCAGCCACAAAUGAGCAAUAAUAGCAAUAGUAAGCAAGUUAACUUACUCCAUGGGAUCCCGACAAACAUGAAUAUGCAACCCAACCCACAUGGAAUCCAGAAUAGCUCUUUAAUGAAUAUGCAAAUGUCUCAACCACAGUCAAGACCGGCGAUAUUCAAUGAUACGGGUGCCAAUCAAAUUUCAAGGAUUCCAUCUUCAAUAGCGCAGCCUAAUUUGUCAAAUGGGAUGCCAAGUGGGGUAGUUUUGGCAAGAGAUGGAAACAAUUCAGUUUCUCAAGUCUCUACAAUGGUUGAUUUCUCAGUACAACACCCAAAUUCAGAUUUCCAAGGCAAUAGUUUUCCGCUCGCAACUAAUAAUUCACGGGUGUCCGUUAUCACUUCUAAGGGGUUGCUCCAAGAAGAUGGUAUUAACUCGGAUAUGAAAGGAUCAAGAGGGUUUGCUCCUAGUUAUGAUAUUUUUGGUGAUCUCCAACAGCACAAAACACAAGAUUGGGAGUUACAGAAUGUGGGCUUGACCUUCGAUGCAUCCUCACAUUCGAAAACUCAAGGCAACAUCAAUGUCCCACCUUCUGUUUUGGUGCACCAAGGGUUCUCUUCUAGCCAAAACAUUGUGCAGAACAGAAGUACGUCUGUUGGAAAGGUAAUGUUCUCAGUUGGGGAACAAAGUGGACAUAGCAAUACCCAAAGUAUGAUGGGUCAACAAUUGGAUACUCUCUUCGAUGGUAAUUCAUUAAGGGUUAAAGCUGAAAAUCAUCCUGAAGCGAGCACUCAGAAUACGCUAUUUCAUGGACAGUUUAGUCAGGAGGACCUAAUGAGUGCACUACUCAAGCAGCAAGAAGGACUUGGAGUGGCUAGCAACGAAUAUUUUUUUGAUGGGUUUCCCUUAGAUCAUCUUCCUGUGUAGGAUGUAUGCUUCAUUGUCUAGCUCUAUCAAUGGUUUGCACUUUGUGGUGUACAUAGUUGCUGUUGCUGCAGAAUUCAACUCUCUCAUUUUCUCCAACCAAAUGGUAGAAAUUCAGUUUCCCUCCUAGUUCAAGACACGGGAUCUUGAUUGCUUCAUAUGAAUCAAAUGCAUCAUAAUUCGUCGAAUGGGGGAGGAAAAUCUUGAAGGAUACAGCUGCAUGAUGUGCGCAAAUCACAUGCCAAGUUUUUGACUGCUUGUAGUGAAUCUGUUUGAGAACUUUGUAUUGCGGUAUGAGCAGUGCUUUCUAUGGCACAUGUGAAGCUGUUUGGUAGGGGCAAAGUUUUAUCGUGCUUCUUGGUUGUUGGAUUUGGAACUUUUUUCAGGUUUGUGGAUAUGAGUUCUGAGAAAUCUGUAAACAUUUGUUGGAGCCUUUGUAACUAUAAUAACACGCGUUGUCGUUUUAGGUACACAGACUAUAAAAUGUACAGAUUUCAGUUGAUUGCUCAAGACAUAAGUCUUGGUACUUUUUGUUAAAAUUUCACUUCCCUCUUGUACUCAAGAUUACAAGAUUGUAUUCUGGUUUAUGCUUUAUGAGCUUUUCUAAUAAUGUCACCUCUUUGUAA